AAGCAAAUAUAACAUCACAGCUGAUUGUUGAAUAGAAAAGGUUAUUGAAUUUCAUGAAAAUUGCUGUUGAUUAAUACGAUAUUUCACUUCAAUUUUCGGGGAAAAUAAUAAUUCGUUCAUUGCCAAGUUAAUUUUUUUCCGAUAUAUAAUUAAUGACUCUAAGGUAAAACAUAGUUUACGGAUCAUUUAUUGGUGUAACAGAUGUUUGUCGUGAGAAAUGUCACAAAUUGAUAUUAAAGACUUAUUCGACGAAAGUAGAUUUCCCAGUGGCUGGAAACUAGUGUCUCUACUUCUGUAUGCUCCAUUGGGAUUGGUACUGGUCGUAAUUCGUCUAUUAAUUAGUCUUCAAAUUUGGAUAUUGGCGUCGAUUCUUCCAGAUUGUCGACCAUUGCGAGUAUAUCUACACAAUGGUCUUAGUCUAUCUUUUGGAAUUAUCGUUAAAAUUGCUCCCGACAGUGAGGAACGCGAUCCGGAUACAAGGAUCCUGAUAGCAAAUCAAAUAUCGACAAUGGAUCAUUUUGUGAUUCGUCGCGUUGCCCAAACAGUGACGCCAAGUGUUUGGGAACUUCCAAGUUCGUUGAGCGAGGCGUUAGGUGUGCACAAAAUGGACAUGAGUAGUAAAAAUGUUUUAAUGGAAAAUAUAAAACAAAUUCUUGCUACAACAAAAUGUAAUAUUGCCCUGCAACCUGAAUUUGGUGCGACUAAUAAUCGUGUGGCUUUAUUGAAAUUUAAUUCAUGGCCAUUUGGAAUUGAAUCGUCGGUUCAACCUUGUGUCAUUAAAGCAAAAAGGCCUGAGUUUGUUGACGUGAGACUCACAUCAGUUGCAUCCACGAUAUGGAUCGAUGUUCUUUGGUUUCUCUUUGUACCUUACACUAUUUUCACAUUAAAAUAUCUUAAAGUUAAGAGAAAUACCGAUCAAGAGAUUCUUGUGCGAGAAGUCGAGAAGGAGAUCGCAAAUGAUCUUCAUCUACAAACAAGUACGCACACUAUUUCCGAUAAGAAUGAAUAUGAAAAACGUUAUCUUCGUGAAAAAAUGCAAAAUCGAGGAGCUCAAAGUAGAGGAGCUCAGAGCAGAGGUUCAACUUCACGUCAAGUUGGAAGUGUUGAUAUGCUGCGAAUGGCUCAACGUGUUAACGAAGUACUUCCCAUGGUACCACGUAAUGUGGUUCUCCGCGAUUUGUUGAAAACAAGAAAUGCGGAAAUUACAAUUGCCAAUCUCCUUGACGGCAUAGUGACUUAUACACCGGAACAGUCGCCGCCGCCAAAUGUCCAGGAGAGUUCGGUGUCAAAGCACCCGAUACAAAUGACAAAAGGUAUUAAAGUGCCAGGUGCACUCUCCUUUCAGGAAAGAAAGGCAAAAAUGAUCGCGGAAGCACGCGAGAAAUAUAUUGAGAAGCACGGACUCAAAAACUGUUGAUGUUCUCCUCCCCCAGGGGGAAUGCAAAUUUUAAUACCAUCACCACUUAAUUAUUAAGGUAAAUUUUGAGAGAACAAAAAAAAGUUGUAUCAUACAUGUUUUUGUUGUAUAUGUAUUUACUUAUAUCGUAUCACAUGAAUACAAUUUUACUUCUAAUAAUAUUAUUUUACUGGAAAUCGAAGAAAAAAAACCUUAUCCUUCGCGCGAUAUUUAAUGACAAAAAUAUUAUUAUCAUAUUAUUGUUAACGCGAUUUCACGUUUUUUGGAAGACUGUUUUUAUGGAAGACUAGCAAUAGUUAUCCUACGAUUUUUUAGAAACUAAGAAAAACCAAUGCUGCCUAGAAAAGAGAGAAAAUUGUAUAGUCUUCCAAUUUGAAAAUUUUCAAUUUCUUUUUUAAAUCAAUUUCGUUACAAUUCAAUGAUGUACACAAUUCAUUUUUGUUUUUGUAUAUAAUUAAACAAUUUAGGUAGCAUUGGUUGAAUGUUAUUGAGAAGAAACAAAAAAAAUCACCUAUGAAAAAAAGAUUUUAAUAUUAUCCUGCACUUAAUUUUAAUUCACAUUGUAUCUUUUUUAAAGAUGGGUAUUUUAACAUCUACACUACUCGUCUCAAUAAAAAUUGUACAUUCAA